AUGAGGAUCCUUGCUCUCCACGGUCUCGGCUCGUCAUCCUCGCUGCUGAAGGAGCAACUGGCGCCCUUCGUGAGGGCAUUAGGCAAAGAGUACCAGUUCAAGUUUCUAGACGGAGCAAUACCUUGUGGGAGAGGCCCAGCUCCAACCAAUACUGAAUCAUCCCAAGGCGUCCCAGCUUGGGCCUCCGGGCCCUUCUAUUCAUACGCAACUGGAUUCACUCCAGCUGAGAUGCGUCAAGCUCUCCGUCACUUGGAUGAUUUUAUCAAAGAGCACGGUCCUUUUGACGGUGUGUUUGGCUUCAGUCUGGGCGCUGCCCUUGCGAUAACUUAUAUGCUGGAUCAGCAACAAAAGCAGGCUUCUGCGCCAUUCUGUUUUGCUGUCAUGUUCUCGCCCAUAUUUAUUGUUUCACCUGAUGAUAAUUAUUGCGAGCAGCUUCUGCGGCGAUGGCUAUCAGACGACUAUGCAGUAUUUCGGUCCAAGUUCCCCAACGGCGAAUUUAUGACGGAGUUGGAAGAUGCGUCCGAGCGAGCACUUGCCCAGUAUCUGCAGCAGGUCUUGUCUAUGCAGUCAAUGGGUAUUGGAAUGAUUUUGCCAAACACAAAUGUCGAUUUCCUAGGCACCAAACGGCCCGAGGAAAUACCGCGCUUGGUACAUCCAGAUUUGUUCGACUCCCGCAUCAAAAUACCAACGGUCCAUGUGAGCGGGCUGAGUGACUCACCUUACAUUGGAAAGCAGUCGGGAGUUGCGCGAGACCUAUGCACACCUUCGAUUCGGCGGGUGCAUAGUCACGAUGGUGGCCAUGACGUACCUUUUAAGAUAUCCGACGUGAAAGCUAUUGUUCCAUCGAUCAAGGCGAUGGCCGAGGAAGGUACUCAGAUACGAGCUUUAUAUGGGCUUUGA